AUGAUCGGCCAACCUGACCUAAGCCCGUCUUCGUUCCGCCGUCGCAGCCUGCCAGGCGACUACGGGUUCGAUCCGCUCGGCCUGUCGGACCCGGAGGGGGCGGGCGAGUUCGUGUGCCCCCGAUGGCUGGCGUACGCGGAGGUGGUGCACGCGCGGUGGGCCAUGCUGGGCGCGCUGGGGAUGGUCGCGCCGGAGAUGCUGGGCGAUCUGGGCGUCAUCCCCGCGCGCACGGGCGUCGAGUGGUUCCGCUCGGGCGUCAUUCCGCCGCUCGGCGCGUUCGACUACUGGGCUGACCCCUACGCGCUCUUCGUCGCGCAGGCGGCGCUGCUGGCAUUCGCGGAGCACCGGCGCGCGCAGGACUACUACGACUCGUUUGAUCCGUCCGCGAUGUCCGCUGGGUGCGAUCAUCCUCACGCGCAGCUCAUCCCACGCCGUCCGUCCUUCCCCCUCGUGUCGCGCGUCCUGGCAGCGCCCGGCUACGGCGCGGCGACGCCAUUUUUCGGCCUCGAGCGGCUGCUGGGCGGCUCCAAGCGCCCCGCGUAUCCCGGCGGGCCGUUCUUCAACUUCGCGCGCCUUGGACGCUCCAGGGCGGAGAUGCGCGCGCUGCGCACGGCGGAGUUGAAGCACGGGCGCGUGGCGAUGGCGGCGUGCGCGGGAUAUUUCGCGCAGGCGGCGGUGACGGGGAGCGGGCCGUGGCGCAACGUGGUGGAACACGUCGCGGAUCCCGCGGGCCACAACCUGCUGGCGCUCGUGGGGCUGCUGUGA